AUGCAGAUUACGCUUCCUUCGCUGGCCCUGCUGUUCUCCAGCCUCGCCGUAGCACAAAACACAAACAGCUCGCUGCCCACUCUUUCAGCCUACGAACAAAUCCGCAACACACUCGCCACAGAGGCCUUCCUGCUAGAUACCAGGGACCUGACGAAACUAGGACAAGUAUAUGCAGACGAUGGCUCGAUUCAAUUCGCUGAUGAAGAGCCCCACGUUGGCGUCGCGAACAUCAUCGCUUUCGAGCAGGAAGCCCUCAACAAUACCUUUACCCUCGUCCACACCUACGUGAACAGCCUGAUCACUUUUAAUGAAGACGGAACGGCGAACGCUACCAGCUAUGCGACGUGGAACAAGCUUGGCAAUGUCAAUGAUGGGUACUUCCAGCAGACUUGGGCGAAGUACUUUGACAAUCUGGUCGAAACAGAUGGAACGUGGAAAUUUCAGACCAGGACAGUACAGAUCCUCUUCGGGCCUUUGUCGUCGAAUCUGACGGAUGGCGGUCUGUGA